AUGGGCCAGGCGUCUUUCGGAAAUAUCGGAACCUCCAGCACUCAGUGGGACGACGGUGACAAUUGGAGUGACGGGCCGGACGUGUGCCAGGGUAUCACAGUCCGUGACAACUUCAUCAGGACAAAGGGUAACGAAGGCAUUGAAGUGAAAGAAGGAACCGUUGAAACCCUGAUCGAGGGCAACGAGGUGUACAUGCAAUACGACGCUGAGUCCGGAGGCAUCGGAAGCCGAGGUGACCGGAGCAUCAUCCGCUACAACCACAUCGAAGACACGGACGGGGCGGGUGUCCGUUUAGGAGGCCACACGGUGGACGGCAUUGAGUACGGCGCCAACAACCAGGUAUACGAAAACACCAUGGUCAACUGCCGGGCCUCCGGAAUAAAGGUCAUGGUUACUCCCCAGGGUCAGAUCUGCGGCAACGACAUCGAGGUUCCUGACACCGAUGAUGACGCCGACUACAACUAUUCCGGAGGAGCCUACUACUACGACCCGUUGAUACCCUGUGACUCUUCGUCCUCAUCGGCGCCUGGGUCAACCUCUGCAUCGGUGACCCCGGCACCUGAGCCAACGCCCGAGGCAACGACCGAGGCAUUUGCCGAGGCAAUGAACGAGGAAUCCUCCGAGCCAACGAUCGAGUCAACAAUCGCGCCAACGCCUGCGGCAACGCUCGAGCCAACGACCGAGCCAACGCCCGCGGCAACGACCGUCCCGACGUCUGAAGCAACGAUCGCGCCAACGAUCGCGCCAACGCCUGCGGCAACGCUCGAGGCAACGCCUGCGGGAACGCUCGAGCCAACGGCUGAAGCAACGAUCGCGCCAACGACCGAGCCAACGACCGAGCCAACGGCUGAAGCCGGGGAAAUCGACCGCGUUGUACGCUGGGUUGGGGAGCCAAAAUUCGGGUAUGAGUGGGGAUAA